UUGACUGUGAGAGAAGCUUUCAACUUCCACAGAAAAGCUGGAAUCUGACGAACCCAGAAAAAGAGCGAGAGACGGAGAAAACUUUCGGCGAACGGCCGCUUUCGUGUGGCGAACCGGAGGGGGAGCAUGUGAACGCCGCCGGGGCUAAACCGCCGCACUGAGAAAGGGGGAAAGCGGCGAUGGCUGCGCCGUGUUGUGAUUUUCUGUGUGAAAUGCUAAUUUGCUAAUUUCGCUCUCGCUCGCGCUCUUCAACCGCCGUGGCUCGCGCUCCUCGCCCUCUCCGGUUCGAGCCAUGCACCGCUACGGGGACGAUUUGGGCCACCGGGCGAGCAAGCUGGUGGAAAACCUGUCGAUCUACGACUCGUACGGGGACGGGAGAGCGGACCUCGGCGGGCUCGAGACCGAUUUCUCUCCCGCCGCCGUGAUGCUGUUGCACGGGAUGAAAAGUAACGUGAAACGCGCGAACGGAGGCGGAGGCGUGGACGCAGCUUACAUGACUGGGACUAACGUGAAAGUGCACGGCGCGGCGCCGCUGCCCGUACCUGUACCGUCUGCUGUGCGCACCGUGAACGGGACCCGGACAGCGCCGUCGCUGGACCUGUGCUCACCGGUAACGUUACGAGACGCAGCUCACGCGGACGACGACGAUGAAGGAGGCGGAGGUGGCGGCAGCUUCUGCGCGCGAUCUGAAGUCGCGCUGCCGUGCUACGGCGGCGGAGACCGGCACCGGCGAUACUCGCCGCAGGAAGCACACAGUCUCCGCUACGGCACGUAUGAGUCACCGGGACCGGGGAAGCAGCUGUGCCGGAACGGGGCGGGCAGCAGCACGAACACGGGGGCGACCACGAGCCCUCGCUCGAGCUGCAGCAGCGGCGGCAGCCCGCGCAGCAGCGUGCUCGUGCCGGGGCAGCAGCAGCAGCAGCAGGAGAGGUACGCGAGCCCCCGGUGCAGCCUCGCGCAGGGCGGCGAGGGCGUCGGCGGCGGUUGCGCGCUCAGCCCGCGUUCCAGCUACGCGAGCACGCACUCGAGCCUGAGCGGCUGCGACUGCACGAGCAGCAGCAGACCGAGCAGCAACCGGACCAGCGGCGUCAGCCUGGGCUACGACCAGCGGCACGCGAGCCCGCGCUCCAGCGCCGCGAGCCCCAGGUCCAGCUACUCCGCCUCCGCCGCUUCUUCCGCCGCAGCCGCCGCCGCCACCGCCAGCCCGCGCUCCAGCAUCUCCAGCCACAGCUCGCGGGGCUCCAUGAGCGCGGGGACCGAGCUACAGCUCCCGUCGCCCCGAGCUUCCGUGCUCGAGGACGCGCUGCAGCUGCAGGACUUCGGCGGCGAGGCCAACGGGCUCCACCACGGGCUCCAUCACCGGCUCCACCUGCACGCCUUCCCCGCGCUGGACGACACCCAACACGUGCACGGCGGCGGAGAACCGGACCCCGGCGCUCCGGGGCAGAAGCUGAAGCUGCCCUACCAGGUGACCCCGAGCAGGGAGUGUGGGCCGAGCCAGGCGGAGAGGAGGCUCGAGGCCCUCACGCUCGAGCUCGAGAGAGAGCUCGAGAGGCACAUGAAGAAAGAGUAUUUCGGUAUCUGUGUAAAAUGUGGAAAAGGAGUGUAUGGUGCGAGUCAGGCGUGUCAGGCGAUGGGGAACUUGUAUCACACUAAUUGUUUCACCUGCUGUUCAUGUGGGAGGAGACUGAGAGGGAAAGCGUUCUACAAUGUGAACGGAAAAGUCUACUGUGAAGAGGACUUCCUGUACUCUGGGUUCCAGCAGACAGCGGAGAAAUGUUUUGUGUGUGGACACCUCAUCAUGGAGAUGAUCCUCCAGGCUCUGGGUAAAUCCUAUCAUCCAGGCUGUUUCCGCUGUGUGGUGUGUAAAGAGGGACUGGAUGGAGUUCCGUUCACCGUCGACAUGGAGAACAACAUCUACUGUGUUAAAGACUAUCACACUGUCUUUGCCCCAAAAUGUGCCUCCUGUAGCCAACCCAUCCUCCCAGCUGAGGGCUCAGAGGAGACCAUACGUGUUGUGUCCAUGGACAAAGACUACCAUGUGGAGUGCUAUCACUGUGAGGACUGUGGCCUGCAGCUAACCGAUGAAGAGGGCCACCGCUGUUACCCGUUGGAUGGUCACCUGCUGUGCCACACCUGCCACCUGCACAGGUUAAAAACACCUGGCCCUGCCCAGCCGCCGCCCGGCUACCCGCUCCACGUCACUGAGCUGUGAACACACACCAUGAUGCGAGUGUGUCAAUAAGGGACAACACUUUCUCUCCUACUUAAGCGGCUGCAUUGCUGCUGCAAGCAUCCACCACCUUCUCUGAAGCAAGUGAAUGUAAAAGAAAGUCGUGAACUGCUCUCUCUACGCGGGUUACUGUGUGCUUUCUCUGUCUGCAUCCCUCCAUUCUCCACACCCUCGCUUUUUUUUCUGUCCAGCAUGAAUCCUGCAGCGGCAGCCCUGAGGCCUGGCCUUGACUGAUGUAACAGAUUUGAGCUUUGACCUUCACAGACGUCCCAGAGAACAGCUUACGUGGGAUGGAAGUAGGACUAAUGUGAGGCCAGCGUGGAGCCAGUUUGGGCCAGUGAAAAAACAGCCAGUAUAUGACCAAUGCAGGGCCAGCAUGGAGCCAGUGUGGGAUGUGGAGCUAAUGCAGGACAACAAUGGGGCCAAAGCAGGUCUAACAUAGUGCCGGUUCUGGUCCAGCAUGGUGCCAGUGUGAGGCCGGCAUAUGGUCAAUGCAGGGCCGUAAUGGGGCCAGUGCAGGACCAAUGUUGAAGCCAAUGCAUUUCCAGUGUGGGAGCAGUGUAGACCCAGCGCGAGGCCAAUACUGACCACCCACAGCCAAGCUAUUGGUCAUUCCACAAGCCUGACCACUGGCCACAUCUCUGACUAUUUCUGCCACCACUCAGUUAACCAAUCCACUAAACAACAUGACUGCAGGACAAACCACCACACAGCUGCGUUCUGAGAGAGAGAGAGAACGGAAUAAAGAGAGAAAUGUGACAUUUAAAGCCUUGGAAGUGGCCUUUUCACUGAGAAUCUCGCACUUAAUUAUUUCACUCAUUGCCUUCAAGUUGCACCAUUACUGUGUGUUUGUGCUUUUUAUGUGUGCGUGUUGUGAUAGUGGUGAGAGAUGCAGUUCCUCACCAUGUACACGCCCCGUGUUUGUGUGCCAGGCAGGCAGCCACUGUUUUGCUGAAACAAUGUUGGUACACGUUCCUUAAGUUGCUAGAACAGCACACUUGAGAGAGACUAACUCCCAAACACACGUACUGUCUUAACAUGAUCACCAGAAGAGUUAGCUGCACAUUGCUGUCAUUUUUCUUACCCAGCUCUGUAUUUCAGACGUUUUCUACAGAUGAAUGUAGAGGGUUUGUUCCAUAUUUUUCUGAUAUCGUGUUUUCUGACCGAGGUCGGUCAGCAUAAGUUUAAACAUGGGCGUAUUUGUGUUCUGACGUUGGCUUUGACAGGUCUUAGUGCCUCUAUGCGUCCUAAGACGAGUGUGUUGUUGGAUUGGACUGUUUCCCGACACUGGCUUGUCUGGGCGGUCGCGUUGUAGAGGCGUGGAGCCGUUACGCCUCAGAAGCAGAGCAGAGAGGAGAGCUGUUCUGCUGUUUGGGCUUUUUGCUUGUUUUUCAUUGGUCCAAGUGUGUUUGAAUGCAGGAGGGGUCUUUUGCUGAUGCUGGAAGGUGCUGGACUCACCUUAGCUCCACAGAGACUGCCUACCCUUGACCCACAUUGGUUUACAGAGGCUUAGAAACAGCACAGAGGGGGAAAAAUAACAAAAAAUUGAAAAUGAAUGUCAAUAUGACUGCAUCAGUAUUUUUCACAGAACUUUGAAAAACAGGAACAAAACGGAGUGAAGAAGCUAUUUUAGAAUGUUUUUUUAUCUGUUAAGUGUUAUUUCUGUCCGAGUCAUAUUCCUAGAAAGAGGUACUAGAGACAAAAACCAGUUGUAUGUUUUAUGUGAUGUUUAUUUUCGUCCUGCUCCAGGAUUCUCGGUCUGUCUCGGUAAAUUAAAUGGAAAGAAAAAGAGUGGUGAAUAGUGUCCUCCUCUUUUAUCAACGGUCAGUGCUGUGGGCAUCAUAAAGAUUAUAGUAGCGUAGUUUAUUUUUCAUGUUAACAUUGUAAAGUCACAGUGACUGACCAUAGGAAUUGCUUUACUUGCAUUAGACGUCUCUGAAAGAGCAGUAUUAUUUAUGUGCAGUGCGUUGAUGUUGCAUUGUAAUAGUACUUCAGUCCUGUUUUCGAACUGCUUCUACCAACUAGUUUCGGGGAUUUCAAUUAGCCCAUCAUACAUUUAAUCCAGCAUAUCUAUUUGGUUCUGAGUAAAAGCAGGGAUACUAAUUACUGAAGGGCUGUUGGGUUUUCUUAUGUACUUGCCAAAUACUACAGAUGUGUCUUGAAUUUAGAGAGUAAAGUGAUGAGAUGAGUAUUUGACCUGUAAGGCAUGUGAGGUGUUUUUGAGGACCCCAGUACCGAUCGCUGUAUAAAAGAAGCUCCUUGCGGCCUUCGUUUUUGGAUGCGCUGUGAUUUGUUUCGGAGCGGGCGCAAACCUUCACAGUUACUGUGGAAACAGUCCUGCGUUUUAUCCGAGUAAAAUUAGUAGUUGAAAGAAUAUUCCCGUUCAUGCAGUGACGGAAGUUCGUUCUGUGAAAAAUACUGUUGGUUUUCGGCUUUUGUUUUCGUUCCUUCUUCAUAGUUUUUAAUCUCUAUAGGCUUGGAAUAGUCCUGUGCAAAAGUUUGAGCGCCCCUGGUGAAAUGACGUCUUGUUGAUUUUUGAACCCCCCCACCCUCGUUUUUUGCGAGGGGGGCCUGAUGUGGACUGUGCAAAAAGGUAUAGCACGUUUUAUAUGCGCAUAUGCAGCAAGUAAACAAACUGUUCAGUAAAAUGUUCUGAAAAGUGAUAAAUUUAAGUGUUCUGUGUAGUGGAUAUGUGGGGCACGCGCCCACCCCCUGGGCCCUGAUGAUGGCCGCGAGAGCCGGCUGGAAGGCGCGGCCUGAACUCGUAGAUUUUAUCCUCUCCCCGUUGUUUUUACAGGGUUUUGUCUGGGCUCAGAGUUCGGGUGCCGCCUUCCUGCUGGCUGUCACAGCCGUCAUUGGUUCAUCUAAGCAUCAUUACUUAGAAAAUCAGCAAAGUGUCUCAUUAGACCAGGCGUGUUCAAGCUUUUGUAUACGACUGUACGUGUAUGUAGCAAGCGUUUCCACCUGCAUUAGUGGCAGGACCACUCGGUGCCUUCUUGCUUUGGUUUGAGUGCUGUGGGCAACCUUGGAGCCACGGCAGCCACUAACAGCCCAACACGACUCCUCUCACCUCUCUACCCAGUUGUGGGUCCAGCUGUCAAACUACUGAGCUGAUGAGCGUUCAGAAACGGAGGAAAUGUUGAAGCGUGCUUUAGCCAAUCCUGACUGCAUCCUCGCUCCAUCAUCAUCGUUUCUAACAGACACUGACUGUGGUGUACGGCACAGUUCACCUGCCCAUCCUCUUCUAUGUGGAAAACGUAUUACCAGCCAGCCCUCGUUAAUGUACUAAGGAGAUGCUCCAGAAUGAUGGUAUAUUUUUGAGGUCGUUUAAAAACGAAAUGCACAUUGAACUCUUCUCGAAUCAUUCCCUGACAGGCCGAAAUGUAACGACUGAAAGAAGUGCUAUUUACUCCCUCUCCGCGAUGUCUUAAUACGCUUUUAAAAUGUACUACUAUUUCAUAGAACACAGAUAGAGUCCCUGUAAAUAAGCAAUGUUAGCCUUUUUUAAUUAUUAUUUUCUGCUUCUAUUGGAAAUGAAAGUGAGCUGUAGCUUUGUUUCUCAUUUAGUUCUCAGAAAGCACAUCUCGCGUUCUGUUAUCACUUUUUUUUGUAUCGUUCAAUGUUCUGAUUUCCUAGUUAUUUCAUGAAUAAAAAAAGGAAAGUAGAUUUAUUUAUCUAAACAUGAAAAGUUUAAAGUUAUUUAAUGUAUUAAAAGUUGGGACGUAUCAUUUAACCGUAGAUGAUAUAAUCUGCUUUUUCAAUAAAGUGGUUUUGUAGUUAACUUA